AUGCUUCGGAGAGCCCGAGCUCUGCGCCAAGCGCUGGCGCAGCUGGAGCGAAGGAGGAACCCUCGAGCCGAAGCGGAAGCCAAAGCCAUCACCAGGCACUUGGUCCAGUUGGGAGAGGUUUCUUGGGUCCAGGCCUUGGAUUUUUUGGCGCAGCUGGAAGGAAAGAACGUGGUGCACUGGAACACAGUCAUCUCCGCGUGUGGCAAAGCGCGCCAGUGGGCUGCAGCCUUGGCAGUUUUGGCAUCCUCCCCUGUGCUGGACCCGAUCGCCGUGGCCUCGGCGCUGGGCGCCCGGCCGCCCUGGCGUUCGGCGGUGCAGCUGCUGGGCACGGCGAUGCGGCGACGGCUGCAGAGCGAUGUGCCUCCGGUGAGGACGUCAUCGCAUCGAGCGUCAUCAGCUGCUGUAGCCGCGAGGAAGCGUGGCAGGUCUCCUUGGCUCUUUUACAAAGGCUCGACGCGAAAGACUCCACGGUGGCGGUCGGCGCGGCCAUUUCAGGAGCUGAACGCGCUUCCCAGUGGACCAUCGCAAUAUCCUUGCUGGAGAAUCUCAAGAAGAAGGUGA